GCCGUCACACCUGCGGCUGGAUUUGGAGCGGGAGCACGAGCGUUUUGGAAUGAGUCAACUGUGUGGAUUUUAACAUCUCUAAAGAAUGACAAAGUUGCAACUAUAUCAGGUUUUUUUGCUAUCGAUCUGUCUUUUCCAACUCACGGGGGCGCUACCGUGGUCUGGCCGUGACUUGGGAGGCAGCAGAACAUACGCCCGCUGCACAGACAACGUGGAGUACCUCAAUGGCAACAUCUGCUGUAUAAAUUGUCCAGCUGGUACACGUAUGACAUCGCCCUGCACCAGAGCAGGAGAGCGAGGGACGUGUGAGGAAUGCGAUGAUGGAACAUACACUGAGCACACCAACAGUCUGAAGCAGUGUUUUAAGUGCACACAGUGUCGCUCAGAUCAGGAAAUUGUAAGGGCAUGUACGCACACUCAUGAUACUGAGUGUCAGUGCAAAUCGGGACGAUUUUGUGUUCCUCACGAAGCAUGUGAGGUGUGCAAGAAAUGUUCAAGGUGUGGAGAAGAUGAAGAGAUUGUGAGGAACUGCACCUCUACUAGCAACACUGAGUGCAAGAAAGUCCCAUCCACAUCUGACUAUGCUUCAGCAAAGGCCUCGAUGAUUGUGCCAUUAACACUGUUUGCUGUGGUUGCUGUGGUUGUUGCAAUUGUGGGCCUUUUCGUGUUCAAGAGGUGUCGUAGAGCAACAGGUAGGUGGAAAGAGAAUAAAUAA